CCACCAAACAACCACCAUUCAUCUUAGUUUAACUCUGCUAAUUUCCCAUCCCUUAUACCCCAUACACCCCUCAUACACAUACCCAUCAAAGAACACAAUAAAAGAAAAAGGUAUCCAAAAUGCCGCGCUUCGACCCCAACUUCACGGACAACGUCAUCAACAGCAUGGGUCCGAAAACGACCCCGCGCUUCCGCCAACUAAUGACCGGUCUAAUCCGCCACGUUCACGACUACGCGCGCGAGAACGAACUCACCGUCGAUGAAUGGAUGGCUGGCGUGAAGCUCCUCAACUGGGCUGGUAAAAUGAGUGACGAUAAGCGGAAUGAGGGACAGCUUGUUUGUGAUGUUAUCGGACUGGAGUCUCUCGUAGACGAAAUCACCUACACCCUAGCCUCCGAAGCCCCCGACGCCCCCACCGCAACCGCCAUCCUGGGCCCAUUCUUCCGCGCCGACACACCCUACCGCGAGAACGGAGCGAACAUUGUACUGACCCCGCCGCCCAAUGGCGAGGGCGAAAUGGCAUUCAUGCACGGCCAAGUCGUGGACUUUGAGACCAAGCAGCCGCUUGUCGGCGCGACGGUCGAGGUCUGGCAGGCUAGUACGAAUGGGUUGUAUGAGCAGCAGGAUCCCCAGCAAGAGGAGUUUAAUCUCCGUGGGAAGUUCAAGACAGAUGAGCAGGGGAGGUAUAGCUUUUAUUGUUUGAGGCCGACGCCGUAUCCGGUGCCGGAUGAUGGUCCCGCUGGAAAGCUGCUCGAGUUGAUGGAUAGACAUCCGUUUAGGCCCGCGCAUAUCCAUAUCAUUG